AUGUCGGUACAAGAUCGGAAUGCCACAUCACAGUACACGAUGUCAUCAUCGUCUCCACAAACCGCCGUCAACAGCAGAGAAAACGAAUGCGACUGGGUCUGGAACGAAAUCAAAGUCGAAGCUAGCCGUGACACCGAAUCUGAACUAGCCCUCGCCAGGAUUCUUCGUUAUGCCUCUCCAUAUCCACAAAUGCUGCGACCAGCAUAUCCUCAAAGGCCACUUGGAGCAGUGGGAGUCAUUCCAUCAUUAGCAUGCCCACCAAUGAUGGCUAUACGGGGUCCAGUGGUCCCUACAAUCAUUAGGCCACCCAUCAAUACAAUAACUCCAGCUGAAAAGCCAAUGACCACAGUUUAUGUUGCAAGAUAG